AUGAAGUCUUCGAUGUUCUUGGGUGCCCUGUGCGCCCUCGGUGCCGUGGCCCAAGAGGUCAAGAACCCUUCCGAGGUUAAGCCUUCCUACGUUACUACAUGGACGACAACCACUGUGACCGACUGGACUACCCAAACUAUCACCAAGACCAUCACUGUUCGGCCCACUGGCACCGCCACCGCUCCCCCAGCCAAUAUUAAGGUCCCCGAAACCUCGACCAGCUCUGCCAAGCCUACCACUACUGCCGAGCCCACAACUACCCAGGCGCCUGUUCAAACCCAGGAGCCGGAGCAGCCUGAACAGACGAGCUGGUCCACAUCCUGGGAGUCGACUUGGACUCCUACCCAGUCUGCCACCAGCACUGAAGAGGCCCCCACCCAGUCCCAAGCUCCUGCUCCUGCCAACGGUUACCAGAGCAAGGUCCUCGACAGCCACAACAUCCACCGCGCCAACCACUCUUCUGACGCCCUUACCUGGUCAAAGGACCUUGAGACAAGUGCUCAGGCCCUCGCCUCGCGCUGUGUUUACCAGCACGACACAAGCAUCGGUCCAGACGCCGGCAACUAUGGCCAGAACAUCGGCUAUGGUACCACGGCAGAGGAAGUUGGUGUUAUGAUCUCCAACUUGAUGUACAACGAUGAGAUGGGCUACUAUGAGAACCUCUAUGGAGAGGCCACCCCCGACAUGUCCCUGUUCGAAAAGUGGGGUCACUUCUCUCAGAUCGUGUGGAAGGGAACCAAGCAGGUCGGCUGCGCUACCGUUGUCUGCGACUCGCUUGGCAAUGUCGAUUCCUCUGAGGCCUCGCCCUUCACUGUGUGCAACUACAGCCCCGCAGGAAACGUGCCAAACGAAUACGGUACCAACAUCCUCAGGCCUCUUGGCAAAGCCCUCUACUCUGCUGAAUAA